AUGCAUAUUUCAAAUUUGGGCCCAUUGACUAUUCCUGUCUCCAGUGAAGUCCGUGUGCAGAUUCUGGGUCAACUGGUACCUCUCUCAGGGGCCAGGACCGUCUUUGGGGUUUUACUCGGGUUCGCCACAGUGGACCUGAAUGUUCUGAACAGGUUCAUUGUGGGAUCGCGGUGUUCCCGCUCCGGUGACUUUCAGCCUCCGUCCCCCCGAGUCUCCGCCGCCGUCCCGCAGCAGCAUGUCCGAGUUUGUACCGAGCAACGGACUCGGCGCCGCCUUGAAGAAAGACGCGUUUGCGGACGCCGUCCACGAGCCAGACAGAUUGCAGCUAAAAUUGGCGGCGAUGCCGUUCCCUCUUUGAGCAACAGUGGAGGAGCUGAGAGUUUCUCGUUCAGCACGCAGAAACGAUCCCUGGAAGAAGCAGAUCAGCCCAGUGCUAAGAAGCUAGCGCCGCAGAGUGACAGCGACUCUGCACUGUCUAUUGAAGCUCAGCUAGCUGCACUUUCUCAGCAAAGUAUCAGGUCCUCCUCAGUGACGGAGGACUACAGGGUGCCCGAUGCCAUGGUUGGUCUCAUUAUUGGUCGAGGAGGUGAGCAGAUUAAUAAAAUUCAGCAGGAUUCUGGCUGUAAGGUCCAGAUUGCACAUGACAACGCAGGUCUUCCAGAAAGAAGCGUUUCACUGACAGGCUCAGCGGAAGCAAUCCAGAGAGCCAAGGCACUUUUAGAUGAGAUCGUGUCACGAGGCCACGAGUCGACCAACGGGCAGACAAGUUCCACGCAGGAGAUGAUCAUCCCUGCAGGCAAGGCUGGCCUCAUCAUCGGAAAAGGAGGAGAGACGAUCAAACAUCUACAGGAACGCGCUGGUGUAAAAAUGAUUCUUAUUCAGGAUGGCACCCAACCGCCCAAUGUAGAUAAACCGCUACGCAUCAUCGGAGAUCCCUACAAAGUGCAGCAAGCAAAGGAGAUGGUCAAUGAGAUCCUACAGGAGAGAGAUCGUCCAGGUUAUGGAGACAGGAAUGAGUACGGAUCCAGGAUGGGAGGUGGCGGCAUCGAUAUUGCUGUUCCCCGGCCUUCUGUGGGAGUCGUGAUUGGCCGGAAUGGGGAGAUGAUCAAGAAGAUCCAAAGUGAUGCUGGAGUCAAGAUACAGUUUAAACCAGAUGAUGGUUUGGGUCCUGAUAAAAUCGCUCAUAUUAUGGGUCCACCCGAUCAGUGUCAACACGCCGCCUCCAUCAUCACCGACCUGCUGCAGAGCAUCCGAGCCCGAGAGGAGGGUGGCCAGGGGGGCCUACCAGGACCCCCUGGUGCAGGUAUGCCACCUGCAGGACGAGGUCGGGGGCGAGGUCAGGGUCCCUGGGGAUCUCCAGGAGGAGAGAUGACCUUCUCCAUUCCCGGGCACAAAUGUGGGCUGGUAAUUGGCAAAGGAGGAGAGAAUGUGAAGGCCAUCAAUCAACAGACCGGUGCAUUUGUGGAGAUAUCUCGUCAACCUCCGCCCAAUGGUGACCCAAACUUCAAACUCUUCAUCAUCCGAGGCUCCCCACAACAAAUUGAUCAUGCAAAGCAGCUUAUAGAAGAAAAGAUUGAGGGUCCAUUGUGUCCAGUGGGAUCUGGUCCUGGAGGUCCAGUGGGAUCGUAUAAUUCUCACCCUUUUGAUGCAGCACCUCCUGGUGGCCAUUCACAUGGGGCACCGCCUGCUGAGCCACAGUACUCUGCUCCGCACUGGGGACAUGGAUACCAGCAGUGGCAACCCUCAGGACCUCAAGACCCCAGUAAACCAGUGUCAGACCCAAACGCAGCGUGGGCAGCAUACUAUUCCCAGUAUUAUGGUCAACAGCAGGGGGCCACUGUGACAGCACAGAGUCCAGGAGUCACCGCAGCAGGCCCAGUGGACCAGAACCAACACAACCAGAACCAGCCAGACUACACUAAAGCGUGGGAGGAUUACUACAAAAAGAUGGGCAUGACGCAGCCUGCUGGAGGAGCAGCAGAACCGCAGAGUGUGAUGCCAGCAGGAGCGCCGGGCAUGGCACCAGCGGGAGCGCCGGGUGUAGCAGGAACACAAGGCGUGGCACCGGUGGCUGCAUCCGGAGGCCAGCAGGACUACAGUGAAGCCUGGGCUGAGUACUACAGACAGCAGGCCGCCUACUAUGGACAGACAGGUGGUCCACAGCACGGACAGCAGGCCCAGUAAAUGUGAGCAGCUGUGACACGUCUCUGGGCUUUAAAGAAGACUCCCCCCCGCCCCCGGGUCCCUCUUCGCCCCCCGGGUCCUCACCUGCCAGGUCCCUCUCGUCCUCGUCUCUUUUUAAAAUCAAACUUGAAGAAGAACUCGUGGCUCGUGGAAUGAAUUUAUUUUGUUUGCACAUCAGCCACAGCUCGGAAUGCAUCUAAUCAAAUACAUUUUCAUUGUAAAUGUGAAAUAAGAGGCAAACUGCACAUAAAGUCAGUAUUUUUCCUUCACUUUACUCAAUACAGCAUAUUUGAAAAUGAAGAAAAGGAUCAUUGUUUUGCUACUUUGUUAUUAUUAUUCAUUCUGUGUUUCAGUUGCAGGUUUUUUUGUUCUUCCUGCACACAGCUUUCUGUCUGUUAUUUUAUUUUAUUGUGUGUGUGUAUGUGUGUGUGUGUGUGUGUGUGUGUGUGUGUGUGCGCAGUGUGACACUGAACACACACGUAUGACUGAUUUAUUGUCUUUUUUUUAAAUGCCUUUUUUUACCGCUUCAUUUGAAAUACUUAAAAAAAAAAUAAAGCCUUUCACAUUUAC